GUUGGUAGUGGGCUGUUUCCCACGAUGGUUCAUGGCCUAGCUCUUCCCUUGGGUGUCGUUGUACUUUGGUCGGGUUUGCGCGACGCAUGUGCAUCCAAGCUUUUACUAAGGAGUCUGCAUUCAAUCGGCACAGUGCCACCAAUGAAUGUUGCCGAGAUGCCAUCAGGUAAAGCCCUCCAAGUCGAAGCUCCAGAACCUCUAGCCGUUGCCAUUGCCGUGCCCGAUGGGUCCGUCACCACCUCACUAGAUUUCGCCAAUGGCUAUGGAACCAGCUUCGAAUGCACUAGCGUGUGCCACUUCAUCACAAUUUCGUUCGCGCUUGCCAUCGGGCUGUUUCUGAUCCUCUUGCUUGUGAUUCCGGUGAGCACAACCAACUACGUCAAGUCUUCUAGUCGGAAACGUGUGUCCAAGCGGCCACUGGACGCCGCCGCAGACGAAUUGCCAUAUCAAGUUGCGCCGCAUGCACCCCCCCAAGCGUUGCAUUCACGAGAUCGUCGUGUAGCCAACGACGUUGCAGCCGCAAUUGAUGACGACAUCGAUACCACUGACGCGUCGCGCUAUGAUUUCAUUGCUUCCUUAUCCGCAGGACCCAACGACACCCAGCCACUUAUCAAGGCGAUCCGAACUGCCUCCAUGUUGUCUCCGCGAAGUCAGAGGCUUCGCACUGCGUUGGGGCAGUCCCCAUUAGGAGCGGCUAGAGCAAAGCAGCAACAUCGAGGCGUAGCAGAGUCGGCGCCACCUCCGGCCCCGUCCACGACGAGUUACGAGACUUUGAAGGACGAAGAAAUUCAAGAGGCCGAGUACCUCGAGUUCGUUCGACGAUUAAGUGGGGAUGGGAUUGUUCUGAAGCGCAUCAAAACCAAAGGUCGCGGUGUUAAGAUCGCCAAGUGGCGCAUUCGACUGACGCAUGACAUGAUGGCCCUCCAUUUGAGCAAGCAAGAAGGGCUGCAUGUGCUGAAAAAGACUGAAAGCGUCCAAGUCAAAGACAUCGUGGGCAUGACCACAGGAACGUUGGAAGCCGGCGGCGCGAUCUAUUUGUCCCUGUUGCAAGUGGACAACUCGUCGUUGGACUUUCAAGCCGACAACGAAGCGAUGCACCAAAAGAUGUACAAUGGCUUUGGCAUGCUCUUGCGGGGGGCACAGCCAGGGAAAACUUGAAGGAUAAUAACAUUGAUUUCAUGGUGUGUACGUAACGCA